GAUAUGUUUUGCUUAUACUGUGCCUUUAGGUGUAAGAUACACUUCAUCCUUUGCAUGUAUUUUGUAUCAUAUAAAUCUGACCUCGAUGUACUUCAUGAACAGCUGAGUCCUAUUGAACAGCACUACCUUAGUGACACACAAGGAUACAGACAGCUAUACUUUAGAAGGACGUUGCAUUAUAAUGCUUCUUUAAUUAUAAAGCAUCCACUGUGAGCAGUACUGUAUGAGAUCUAGAAUUAUAAUAGCAUUUGAGCUCGAGCUCAAGUUCACCUUCAGUUUCACUGUCAAUGGACUAAAGAUCAGUGGCCAACUUUUGGUUCACUAGGUAUGAUUACAUUUUAUUUUUUGCUAUGGGUAUAAUCUUACCACAAGUUAAUUGAGAUAGAUAAGUAUUAUAAACAAUGGAAAAAUGAGACAAAAUCACUUUUAUUUUCAAAAUUCUUUUCCUCCAGUGUUCUUCCUACAGUAUGACUUGUGACAUUGCUGUUCUACCGAUGCCUGGCACCCUCUAGCAUUUCGAGAACUUAACUAUUUUGUUUACACAAGAGUGUCAGCAGGCUGUUUACCAUGUGGAGAAUCACAGAAUAGAUCUAUUUUCCAGUUUCUAACUCCUGAGGCCAAUUUCAGUGGCCCUUUGCUUGUCCAGCCUGAGUCCAGUUGAUAAGUGAUGGCCACAAUGUCUAUGCAGAGGCAUUAUGGGAUCACGUUACAAUGGAUGAUCAGGAACUUGGAUUCAAAGCUGGAGAAGUCAUUCGUGUGCUUGAUGCCUCCAACAAGGAAUGGUGGUGGGGCAUGAUUGAAGAAAAAGAAGCCUGGUUUCCUGCUAGCUUUGUUCGACUACGAGUGAACCAGGAAGAUGCUGCAGCUGAAUGCACUGGAAAGUUUGCGGAUGAACGACUGAAUGCCAGCUGCAGUAAGCACCUACUCAAAAAUACAGAAAAUCAGAGGCAGAUGCGAGCAAAUGUUAUCCAAGAGAUCAUGAACACAGAAAAAGUCUAUAUCAAGCAUCUGAAAGACAUCUGUGAGGGAUAUAUUCGUCAAUGUCGCAAACAUACAGGCAUGUUUGCUGAAGCACAGUUAGGUAUCAUAUUUGGGAAUAUUGAAGAUAUUUAUAAAUUCCAAAGGAAAUUUUUGAAGGACUUGGAGAAGCUAUUCAACAAAGAUGAGCCUCACCUGAGUGAAAUAGGAUCCUGUUUCCUUCAACAC